AUCUGCCCCUUCCUUCCUUCUUUUGCGCCGCUCCUCCGGGCAGAACUACGAGAGAACGUGAUCGAUCGAAUUUCAAAAAAGGCACACACCUACCCCCUGUGCUCCCGAGAUCACGAAAUUACUCUAAAUCUCCUGAUUUAAAAUUCAGGGGUUCGUGUUUCGUGAUUUUAUUCCAUUCCGUGUGUGAACCUAGAUUCCACCUCGACCCGCGAGGUAAUUACCAAGUGAGCACCCACCUAAUCGAACAAAAUGUCGAACCUCGCUGAUCCGGUCGCGUUCGCGAAAGAUUUCCUCGCUGGCGGUAUCUCCGCCGCGGUCUCCAAGACUGCCGUGGCACCCAUCGAGCGUGUCAAGCUGCUGCUCCAGGUCCAGCACGUCAGCAAACAGAUCUCCGCCGACCAGCGCUACAAGGGUAUCAUCGAUGCCUUCGUCCGCAUUCCCAAGGAGCAGGGUCCCCUGUCCUUCUGGCGUGGUAACCUCGCCAACGUCAUCAGGUACUUCCCCACCCAGGCGCUGAACUUCGCCUUCAAGGACAAGUACAAGCAGGUGUUCCUCGGAGGCGUCGACAAGAACACCCAGUUCUGGCGCUACUUCGCGGGUAACCUCGCCUCCGGUGGUGCCGCCGGAGCGACCUCCCUCUGCUUCGUGUACCCGCUCGACUUCGCCCGUACCCGUCUCGCCGCCGACGUCGGCAAAGGCGACGGCCAGCGUGAAUUCAAGGGUCUCGGCGACUGUCUGGGCAAGAUCUUCAAGUCCGACGGUCUGACUGGUCUCUACAGAGGCUUCGGCGUGUCCGUGCAGGGCAUCAUCAUCUACCGUGCCUCCUACUUCGGAUUCUACGACACCGCCCGUGGCAUGCUGCCCGACCCCAAGAACACACCGCUCGUCAUCAGCUGGGCCAUCGCGCAGACUGUCACCACCGUCGCCGGUAUCAUCUCGUAUCCCUUCGACACGGUCCGUAGGCGCAUGAUGAUGCAGUCUGGCCGCGCCAAGGGCGACAUCCUCUACAGAAGCACCAUCCACUGCUGGGCCACCAUCGCCAAGACCGAGGGAACCGGCGCCUUCUUCAAGGGAGCCUUCUCCAACGUCCUCAGAGGAACUGGAGGCGCCUUCGUGCUUGUGUUAUACGAUGAGAUCAAGAAGCUUCUCUAAAUCUAAUGUAAGAAUUGUUACCAUAAUUACAAUUAAUUGUGAUUCCGAAUCACCACAGAUAGCCACUCCCUUAAAUCAUGUAUUAUUAGACGCGGAAUUAACCUAGUAACUUAUUUUAGUUAAAUAAAAGCGUUAUACACCAAUUCCAACAUGUAUUUUGUUUUAUUGAAAAUAUUAGGUAUUACAUAAUGCUUGGCUACACCUAGCUGACACAGUUGCAUAACAUUCUCAUAUUGUACAUCUUGUAUUGACUUAACAAUAUUCUAAAUUUAAAUUAUUUUGCCUGUGAUCAUCACUCAUUCAGCCAGUGUGUGUUAUGUAACCUCAUUUCGUUCAAUGUUUGAGGCCAAGGUUGAUAUGUACCUCAUCUAGUUCAUGUCUAACACUUAAAUAUAAUCUAAUAUGUUGGAAUAGACAUUCAUGUAGUGAAUAUUGUGAAAAUAAGUGGUUAUUUAAUCAAUACUUAACCUAUGUGGCAUUGGGAGUGAGACCUUGUACUAUGUAACUAAGUGAUAGAUGCAAAACGCUGUGAAAAAUCAUGUUAAAAGCUGUGGAAUCCAAACUCAUGUGAUUGAGAGCUGUUAUGUAACAAUGCAGUAUGUAUAUGUGCUAUAAAGUGUGCAUGGUGACCUAGUAGGAAUUUAAUUUUAGUUCACUUUUAAAAAGUGCUAUGCAAUGUAGUUAAAUCCACAUGUGCAACAACAUUAUGUAACAUUGAUUGUUACUGAGCAGGCUCAACGAGACAACUGGUCCUGCCCAACAUCUUUCUAGCUCGGUAUAAGUUUUUUGGUGUGAAAAACUUGUGCUACGAGUGAUUAUUAUUCUAGAAAAUUAAAUGUUAAAUAAAUA